UAUUUUUGCAUGUGAGAUCAAAACAGUUGAAAACGUUUAUUUGAGAUGGAAAAUAAUAUAAUAAAACAAGAAAAUCUAAACAAGACAGAAUCGAAGGAAUCAAUUAAAAAUGAACAAAAUGAUUUUUCUGCUCCUGCAAUUAAAAUGGAACAAGAUGCUUUAAACGAAACAGAUCCGGAGGAAUUAAUUAAAAAUGAACAAAAUGAGUUUUCUACAUCUGCAACUAAAAUGGAAGAAGAUGCAGAUUUGAAGAUAUCAAGUCCAAAUGAGCAAAGUGAUUUUUCUGCUCCUGCAACUAAAAUAAUAUCCUUGGAAACAUUAGGAUCUUUUAUUGCAUCAAAAGAUAACUCUCAGAAUAAUGUAUAUGAAUCGGAUGUACCUCAAAUUUGUGCAAAUGAACCAUGUUUACUAGGUGUUGAUGAAGCCGGAAGAGGACCUGUUUUGGGGCCGAUGGUGUAUGGCAUCGCCUAUUGUCCGCUUAGUAAAGCUCAAGUUUUAGUGGACUUGGGUUGUGCCGAUUCUAAGCAACUUACUGAAGAGAAACGUGAAGAAAUAUUCACUCAACUAAAUACUGAGGAAUAUGCACGAACCUGCAUUGGCUGGUCCGUUGAAAUAAUAUCACCAAAUAUAAUAAGUACUUCUAUGAAUCGCCGUUCAAAAUGUUCGCUUAAUGAGGUUUCAAUGAAUUCUGCAAUUGGGCUUAUACAACGCGCUAUAGAUGCAGGCGUUAAUAUAGCUGAAGUUUAUGUUGAUACUGUGGGACCACCAGAGAAAUACCAAGACAAACUUAAGGGCAUUUUCCCGCAAUUUAAAAUAACAGUUGCAAAAAAAGCAGAUUCAACUUAUCCAAUCGUCUCAGCGGCUAGUAUUUGUGCAAAAGUAACACGCGAUCACGCUCUAAAGGUGUGGAAAUUUCCUGAAGGUAUCAAAAUACCUGACAAUAAGUUUGGCAGCGGUUAUCCGGGAGAUCCAGUAACAAAACGUUUUUUAGCGGAGAACACUGAUCCGGUAUUUGGUUUUCCGCGUUUAGUGAGAUUUAGUUGGUCAACUGCCGAAAACGCUUUAGCAGAUAAGGCUUACAAUAUCGAAUUCGAUGAGCCAGAGAGCGAGAAACCCAAAUAUAGUGGUGCCAAACUUACUAAAUUCUUCAAGGGCACAACAAAAACAGGCGAAAUCAAGCGUGAGCCAUGUCGUUUCUACAAAGAACGUUUUCUGGACAAUGUCUUGGAGUUCUAAAUGUGUAGUGUGAUUCAUGCAUGAGCUAAAUCUAUAAGAAUCUUUACAAAUAUUUAAAUAUAGUUUACUUUUAUUGCUAAUUGUAAUUAUUGCUAUUACCCAGUUUUUUUGUAAGCAAGGAAUCGAACGCUGAUUAUAAAUAAUAACAAAAACUCUAGGAUCGAAAGCCUAUA